UCUAAUAAAGUUCGAGAAUGCUGUUGUGCACCAUCAUUCAUUAUUGCAAUCGCAGGACCAUGGAUAUGCGUUCUCGGGUGUAUUUUUCUCGAAAAAGUUGUUGUUCAACCACUAACGGAUUUUAUUCCCUUAACCAUAAAUAUAGAAAAUUAUGACCAACUGGAACGAAUUGCUAGGCUCUUUCAAGCACUAUAUAUUGCACUUUGUAAUCUUGAAGAUUUCUACACAAGUUUGAACCUGAUACCUUCUGAUCAAAGGUAUUUUCCAUAUUUUAAUCAAUAUCAAAUUGAAGAUAACAAAAUAAUAUCUUUUGUUUAUCUUUAUCAGUUUGAUGAUUCUAAAAAAUUUACCUGGAAGGCUAAAACGGCAGAUGGCCAAAUGAUUGUUAUAAAAUUUGUACGGAACUAUAACGUAGAAGCACAUCAACUUUGUAGUAAAAAUAAGAUGUCUCCACUACUGUUAUACUUUAAUAGACCUGAUGAACUUAGAAAAUUUUAUAUUAUAAUAACUGAUUUUGUAACUGGUAUCACUUUGAGCAAUAAAAAUAAAAUCAAUCAACGAUUUUACCAAGAUAUACGUGACCAUUCAAGAUCUAUUAUUAAUUUCUUACACAAAAAAAAUCUCGUAUUUGCAAACCUUCAGCCUUCAAAUAUUCUUUUUAACAAUUCGGAUAAUUCGGAUGAACAAUAUAUUAUGCUAAUUUCCUUUGAUUGCUGUGGUGAACAUAUGGUCGAAAGAUAUCCGCCUUCAGUCAGAAAUGAUAAUUUGCCACCAGGAGCAGGACCAGGUGCUUUGCUUAACAAAGCACACGAUAUUUACUGGUUAGAUAAAUUGUGGGAAUUUUUGAUAUCUGAAUAA